AUCCAAGCAGUUGCUUUAGUAUGAGCUUAGGAGGUCCUCAUAAUGGGGGGAAAGAAAGGUGAUACCAAACCAGCUAAGAAAGGAGGAGGGAAAGAACCUGCUGCUUCUUCUAAACCUGCACCCAAAAAGGAUGAAAAGAAAGGAGGGAAAGGCAAGGAAAAAGAUGACAAAAAGAAAGGGAAAGAUGCCAAGAAAGCAAAGAAAGAAGUAACUAGCGAGUCAGAGGAGGCCUCUGAUGCAGAGCUCAUCAAGCAGGCAAGUGAAGAGAGCAAAAAUGAGGAGGAAGAAGAAGAAGAAAGUGAAGUAGAUGCCAGAAGGAGAAGAGGCAGAGAGAAGGGUGUAGCGGCUUUAAAAGGAGCAUCCAAAGCAAUGGCAGGAAUGAAUCAGGGCAACCGGAGGAGAGGUCAGCCAGCGGCUAAAGAAGAACCAAAGCCCAAGGAGAAUCCACUGAGAAAGGAUAUUACGAGAGCUCAACUAAAAGGGGCAACAAAGGCAAUUUCAGGGCUGGCAAAAAAACCUGCCCCGCCGCCCAAAAAGAAGAAGAGUUUGAAGGCAGCAUCCAGGUUGUUUAUGAAAUUCCGGCAAAUGAAUCCAAGGAGAUCUAAAAAGGGUCACUUUAAAGCAGCUUCAAAGCUUCUUACAGGUUUCAGGCAGAAAUUUGUGGCAUCAUCUCUACUGACCAAAAAAAAGAAGUCCGCUGCAAUGCUCAAGAACACUUCCAAACUCAUGCUGGGCUUACGGAAAAGUGCAAAGAAACAGCCUCCUAAGCCCAAGCCAAGUGAUGGCACCAAGGAAAAACCCACUUUCAUGCUGAUACGGCUUGGGGGAAAUGCAUCAAAAACAGACCAGCCAGAAAAGAAGGGACCAGGGGGUCUGCUUAGUGGCCUUUUUGGGAGGAAAAAAGCAAAGGAAAAGUUUCAGCCCAAAGCAAAGGUACUUACUAAAGUAUCUGCUGCUGCUAGCUGGUUAACCAAAAAAUUUCUGUCCAAGAAAAGGGGGUAUUCAGAGAAUGACAGAGCCAUACAGGAGGCAUGGAUGUCUCGAAUGGGGGCACAGAAGCUACCUUUCCCCACGCAGGAUGAGUUUCGCAAGUACCAGGCAAACUUGCAAAGAUUUCCUGGUGCUCACAGAUUUUAUGGCCAGAAUGAGGAUGUUUAUGGGCAUCCCAAAAACUUUGAAUCAUACCGCCACCAAAGGUUUCCAACUCAAAGAUAUACACCACAAGGACCUGGCAGAUAUGAUGACCCAUCCACGGAAUAUUAUGACUACGGUGAUGAAGAAUAUGGUUUUGAUGAUGAGGGAUACCUAGGCAAUGAGAACUAUGGCUAUGACUCAUAUCCUGGAGAAGAACUAGACUAUGAUAACUAUGCUGGAUACCAAAUGGAUGAGGACUAUCCUUCAUAUGAAGAGAACAUGGAGUAUUAUGACGAGGACAGCCACUUGCUGAAGAGUCAGAAUUCUAGGUUUGAUUAUCAGGUAGAUGUUCAUAACUCACCAAAUGCUUAUUCAGGCUACGAUUUUGAAGAAAAUGGAAUGGGAUACUAUGAAGAUGCAAUGAAUCCUUAUGGCACAAUGGAAAAUGAAAGAAAACCAUUUUUAUCUUUCAGUGAUCAGAGCAAUUACUCUGACUUUAAUGAUAUGGAUGAGUACAACUCUACAAAUGCCCCUAACUACAACGAUUACCUGGUGUCUCCUUAUGCUGAGCCAUUAAACCCAUAUGCCCAGCCCAUGGAUGAUGUCAUGGAAAUGGAUCAAGCAAUGGCAGGGCGUGAUGAAACUUAUUAUGAGGAUCAAGACAUGGAAGAAGAAACUGCUUCCACAUUAUCAAUAAAUAGAAAAUAUAAGCUUUUCCCGAGGCCUCAAGUAAAACUUUUUGGCAGAGAAAAAUUAGAUGUCCCUCUACCCCCAUCACCUCAUAUUUCUUUUACUGAUUAUGAUGAGGAAGAGGAGGAGGAGGAGGAAGAAGAUGAGCCCUUAAUUCCUCCUGCACAACAACAAAGAAAUUACAGGCAACCUCCUAACAAAUCAAUUUUUGCAAAGUCUCUGCAAAAAAAUUAUGCACAGCCAUGUGCAAGAGGUGUUCAAAAGUUACUCUCUGGAAAACCAGUGGGCAAGAGAUUCGGUGUAAAUUAUCAGGAAAAUUACCAAGAAAAUGAAUCACAGGACUUCUCUCCAAGAGCAUUUGGCAGUCCUUUGGGACAGUUUAUGAAAAAGACACUUGACCCAAAGCCAAUUUUAAAGCAUAGUGGUAAUCAAAGAAAUACCCAGCCACCCUCUGAACCUCCAUAUAGAAAUGCUUUUGUAGAAAGCAAUGUCCCACGAACACCUUCUCCACAACCAUCCGUAAAACUUUUCAGAGGUCCACUGAACCAUGGGGGAUACCAGAAACAAAAUACACCUUCUGCUCAGCAAAGUUGGGGUCAAAGAAAUACUCCGCUGCCUUCUGAACCUCCAAAUAGGAAUGCUUUUGUAGAAAGCAAUGUCCCACGGACACCUUCUCCACAACCAUCCCUAAAAUAUAUGAAAGGCCCAGGGAACCGUGGGGGAUUCCAAAAACAGAAUAUACCUUCUGCCCAGCAAAACUGGAGCCAAAGAAAUACUCAGCCGCCCUCUCAACCUCCUAAUAGGAAUGCUUUUGUAGAAAGCAAUGUCCCACGGACACCUUCUCCACAACCAUCCCUAAAAUUCAUGAAAGGCCCAGUGAACCAUGGGGGAUUCCAGAAACAGAAUACACCUUCUGCUCAGCAAAACUGGAGUCAAAGAAAUACUCAGCCACCCUCUGAACCUCCAAAUAGGAAUGCUUUUGCACAAAGCAAUGUUCCACGGACACCUUCUCCACAACCAUCCCUAAAAUUCAUGAAAGGCCCAGUGAACCAUGGGGGAUUCCAGAAACAGAAUACACCUUCUGCUCAGCAGAACUGGAGUCAAAGAAAUACUCAGCCACCCUCUGAACCUCCAACAAGGAAUGCUUUUGUAGAAAGCAAUGUCCCACGAACACCUUCUCCACAGCCAUCCCUAAAAUUCAUGAAAGGCCCAAUGAACCAUGGGGGAUUCCAGAAACAGAAUACACCUUCUGCUCAGCAGUUGGAAGACCUCCAGCAAAAUCUAGCAGAUGAUCAAGGUUCAGUGCAGCCUUACCAUAAGAGAUUUGGUCAUAAGUUGGCUGGUAUGGAUUCAUCAAAUUUCAACAGAAAGCUUAAGUUUUCAUCAUCUAACAAUAAUAACACUGACGCAAAGCCUUCUCCUCAGCCUACUUGGCAUGAAAGAGAUAUGCAGCCUGCGCGGAACCCUCAGAGCAUGGGCCGCGAGGGGCAGAACGACGAGUAUGGCUUCCAUGACAUGACUCAGCUGGAGGACCUUCAAGAGGCUUCGGUGCUGGGUAACCUGCGGAAAAGAUUUGACAGAGAAAUAAUCUACGUGAGUACCUAUAAAGUCAUGUGA